UACAAUGUAAAGAGUAAGUACCAUGAAAACUCUGAUGUUGUUAGAAUGAAUAAAUUAGAAUUUAAUAAAAGGUUUUGGGAUACUAUGAGUAAAAGUGAUACAGUUAAUAAAAACAGUGUUCAAGCACAGGUAGUUAGUGAAAGUGCAGAAGUUGAAGGUAUUGCAGAGUUCCAUAGUUGGGCUGAAAAAGAUACUGGUGUUAAUAUCAAGUCAGACACACCACAAAUAGAAUCUAUUUUGGGGGGUUUAUUUGAUAAGAAGGGGGAUGACGAAGUGUUUAAUGGAGCCAAAGACUCAAUUGCUGAGAUUCAGAUACAUAGGGGGGAAACUGAAGAUGGGGUUGUUGCGGAGGAGGAGGAAGAAGUAAUAGAGGGACAUUUAAAUAAUGAUCCUAAAUCAAGUGAUGUUGUUGAUGAGAGUGUGGAGGAAGAAAUAAAAGUAUUUGUAGAAUUGAAAAGUGAUGAUGAGGUAAAGGUAAGUGGUGUGACAAACAUGGGUCAUAAUGAGGUUAAUGUAAGUGGUGUGACAAACAUGGGUCAUAAUGAUGUUAAUGUAAGUGAAAUGCAGACUAGGGAAUGUGUAUCUGAGGACAAGCUAUUGCCUAUUGGGAACUAUGAAACACUAAUCUAUGAGAAUGGUAAUAAUAAUAAUAUUAAAGAAAAUAUAAAGGGAUGGAAUGUAAAUGUGUGUUUUCAACAAAAAGGGGGAAAGUUUUUAGAAGUUUUGUGGAACAACUAUGGAAACUGUAUAAACAAAGGUGCCUUUUGGAAAGAAUUAGCCAAGUUAGAAACACAUCCACAGCAGAUGUAUUAA